AUGGCAGGCCUGAUCUACGACGACGGUUACUCUAUACAGGAGUUCACCGACAUGUUCCUGGAGGACCCCAGCUCGGCUCAUGGCAUGGAUGAGCUUGCAACGCUGUGGGAUCUGACUUUUCGAUCUCUUGACCCAAACAGUCUCUGCCACCUAGGGGUGGUCUCUUUUCUGAUGCCCGACAGUAUAUCGUCGAAGCUGUUUGAACCUGAGAACGCUGAAGAUUUACCACCAGACCUUCACUUUUUCAAGCAAAGAUUCAGUUUCUCCAAUUCUCUGCGCAAGCUUACCACGCGCUCGCUGGUCAAACGUGACAAAGAUUCAGGCAUCCUGACUGUCCAUCGUUUAGUUCAGACUCAGUUCCGCCAUUUCCUUGGACCAGCAAGACGCCAAGAAAUGUUCAAUAAUACCAUGGCACUCGUGUCAUCUGUUCUACCACGUGGCGACAUGGAGAAGGGUCAACUUUACGAUAGCUGGGAUUGGUAUGAUCGCUUUGUGUAG